AUGGCACAAAACGGUCCCCAUGACCACCACCAGGGCGCCGCCGCCGCCUCCAACGAACGCAGCUUCACGCCGCCGACGACCAUGACCUUCCUGGGUCCCGCUGAGAACCACAACGGUGGAUCCAGGAUUGGCAGCCCGGUGGGCAUGGAUGCCAGAAAGGGGAAGGACGGCGUCCUCCCGAAUGCCAUCCAAGGUGAAGAGCAUGGUUCAGCUGGCGGCGGUGAGGCCAACGCCGACAAGUCCAAAGGUAAGCACCCAGCAGUCAGGGAAGCUGCCACCGACGCCGCUGGACAUGGCCUCCCGGGUAAGGGCUCCUUAGCUGCUGACGACGGCGGCGACGCCAAGGCGCACAUCAUCACGGAGCGAGAGCGCCGGAAGCGGAUGAAGGAUCUGUUCACCAAUCUGCACGCGCUCAUGCCCCACGUCCCCACGAAGGUCGACAAGGCGACCCUGGUGGGAGAGACGAUCCACUUCAUCAGGGCCCUGGAGCAGACGAAGGUCCAGAUGGAGAGGCGGAAGCAGGAACAGGCGCUCGCGCGGCAAGCCGCCGCCGAGGCCGUGGUGUCGAAUGGCUGGGGCCCAGCUGUGCCGCAGCAGAAGCAGCAGCAGCAGCUUGCUGCGGCCGCGACAGCGCCGCCGGCACCAUCACCACCGCUCGCCGUGGCCACGGGGCCUGCCGGGUUCCAGACAUGGUCGGCGCCGAACGUCGUGCUGAGCGUGUCGAACGAGAAGGCGAUCAUCAACGUGUGCCUGCCGCGGCAGCCCCGCAUGCUGAGUUGCGGACGCUGGUGA